AUGGAUAAUGCCUCCCAUGACUCCGGGCAGACGGAGGACUGCCAGAGUAGACAGUGGCUCCUCCCGGAGGAUAGCCCAGCCAUCAGCUCAGUGAUGUUCUCGGCCGGAGUUCUGGGGAACCUUAUUGCGCUGGCGCUGCUGGCACGCCGUUGGCGCGGGGACACGGGGUGCAGUGCCGGCAGCAGGACCUCUAUCUCCUUGUUCCACGUGCUGGUGACAGAGCUGGUGCUCACCGACCUGCUGGGGACCUGUCUCAUCAGUCCGGUGGUCCUGGCUUCCUAUGCGCGGAACCAGACUCUGGUGGCCCUGGCUCCCGAGAGCCGCGUGUGCACCUAUUUCGCCUUCACGAUGACUUUCUUCAGUCUUGCCACGAUGCUCAUGCUCUUUGCGAUGGCCCUGGAGCGCUACCUCUCCAUCGGACACCCUUACUUCUACCGGCGCCGUUUCUCGCGUCGUGGGGGGCUGGCGGUGCUGCCAGUCAUCUACGCGGUCUCUUUGCUCUUCUGUUCCCUACCGCUGCUCAACUACGGGGAGUACGUCCAGUACUGUCCUGGGACAUGGUGCUUUAUCCGGCACGGGCGGACUGCAUACCUGCAGCUCUAUGCCACGGUGCUGCUGCUGCUCAUCUUGGCGGUGCUCUCCUGCAACUUCAGCGUCAUCCUUAACCUCAUCCGCAUGCACCGUCGGGCCAGGAGAAGCCGCUGUGGAUCAUUCGGCGGUGGCCUGGGUGGCCCUGGGUCGCGCAGGAGAGGAGAAAGGACUUCGAUGGCGGAGGAGACGGACCACCUCAUUCUCCUGGCCAUUAUGACCAUCACCUUCGCCAUCUGCUCCUUGCCUUUCACAAUCUUUGCUUAUGUGAAUGAAACCUCUUCCCGAAAGGAAAACUUGGACCUCCAAGCUCUUAGAUUUUUAUCAAUUAAUUCUAUAAUUGACCCUUGGGUCUUUGCCAUCCUUAGGCCACCGGUCCUGAGACUAAUGCGUUCAGUCCUCUGUUGCCGGACUUCAUUGAGAACACAAGAGGUUUCACGGACUUCCUGUCCUACCCUGUCCAGUGCCACUAAACAGACUGACCUUUGUGGACAGUUAUGAGGAUGCACUUCACGAGGGAGCCUCUGCAAAGGCCUUUAAACAGCCUCCUUGGAGAAACAUGAAGAGCUGGCGUAGGAACAAAACGAAACUGCAAGGCCCUUCGUGGAAGAUCUCAGAAGGCUGUCUACAGCUCAUGCUAUGUGACCUUUGAAGGACAACCAGCUGCGUCUAAGACCCAGUUGAUUUAAGCUUUCCUGCUGAAUAACCAAGCAUGUGGUUUUGUAAUUUGUUUAAAACUCUACGUGGUUACUGUCUCCUGUUUUAAAUUUUGAUGCCACUGCUGUUAUAAAUGCAGUGUGCAGUCAGGGCAAGCGAAACUCAUUCUCUAGGA